AUGACCACUGCAGCUCUCCAACGUGUGCUGAACGGGAAGCCAUCCGGUUCUCCCGUCCAGCUUACGGCUUACAUCUCCGAAGGAACGAAGCAAGACAAGCUCGACGUUAUCUGCCAUGCGCUCAGCGGGGUCUCGUCCGGAGGGCUGCCUUCCAGCCUGUUGGAGCUCAAGGUGGGCGAGAGUCGGGACACGAGCGUCGUCACCAUCUCAUGGUCUACGGCCGCUUGGGGACACAACGUGGACAUGGCCAGGAGCCUGGAUGACAUCCGCCAGGUUCUAAUCAGCAAAGACAUCAACGUCGCCUGGGCUAACUCGUCGGGCUGGGACCGUCGUCGAGCCGGCGUCUUCACCGUUGUCCCGACGGUCCGCAUUGCGGCACCCGAAGCCCACGCUGUUCGAGCCGUCCUCGACUUCUGCAUCUGCCACGGUCUCCACAUAAUUCACCACGAGGUCGAGACUAUGCGCACCGGGAUCCGUGUCAAAGCCACGUUCGCCGAGCCACCAGGACUUCUCCAGCAACAGGUGACAGACUCCAGCGACUACUUUGCCAUGCAUUCGGUGCUCGUCAGCUUCACUCCCAGUGCUCCUGUCGUUGACAUCAAGUAUCCGAGCCUGAUCGCCAGCCCGCACCGUCGUCACCUCUCAGACGCCGACCUUCUGCAAGAGCUAGACGGAUGGGUUAACGCCUUCAACGAGAUGCAUGGCGCGGAUGAGUCGCUGUGGGAUGUCGAGGAUGGCAAGCGUCUCGGCCGUGUCCACGAUCACGUCGCCGUCGCCAUUCCGAGCUCGGUCGGCCUUGCUGAGUUUAUCCAGCGUCAAUUGCCAUCCGAGGGGCAACCCUAUGAGCUUGCCUUCCACCUCAACGACGGCAAGCUUGAGCCCAAGAUCAUCCGCAAGACGGUGCGCAACAUGGGCAAGGCGGCGUUCCAGAACGUGUCGCGGCUCCCCGACAGCUGCCCCGAGUCGGCCAUCGACCUCGAGGUCAAGAUUCUGAGCGUCGCAGCAGAGAUCAUGGAGCUGGAGCUGCAAGCAAAGCAUUUCCGCAGCCAGCGCAGGCAGGCUAGCAUCUGGUCCGACUCGGCUGAGGCCGCGCUGGCCAGAACACUGACCGCCCAGGCCGAGGUCGCCGAUAAUGCGCGCGUGCGUACAGUCGAGCAGAUGAGCGUCCUGCGUCACCGUCUCGAUAGUCUGCUGACGCAGUACUCUGGCUCCCCCGAGGUUGCGGCAGCGGCGCAGUCUGCCUUGAGCAUCGAUCUCUCUGAUCUCUGA